CCGCGGGGUUGGCGCUGCAGCGGCAGCCGCGCGGAGCAGAGAAGCAUCAAAAGAGGCAAAUUGAAAUGAAGACAAGUGAGCAUUCCUACGCUGAUCACUUUGAUAGGAAGGAAAAGUGACUGACUACACAUGGAGGAAUCACCUGGUUGUUUUCCCAGCUGAAUGAACGCCUGCAGUUAGGUGACCCUCGGCAUCCGGUAGGCAACAGUGAGGUGCUACUUCUGCCUCUUGAUAAACUGUGGAGAGGCCUUGGUAUCUUCCAGACAAUGCCUGAUCACCCUUUCCCAAAGCCAAACACACUUCAGACUGAGUCUAAGGAAGCUCAAAGUGGUUCCUACAGAAAGAUUCGGGAAUAGAACUGGUUUGGGAACUUAACGCAUUCUUUUUUUGUUCUAGCAUGUAUAUAUAUAUAUAUAUAUAUAUAUGUAUGUAUGACUGAAUCACUUUGCUGUACACCUGAAACUAACACAACAUUGUAAGUCAACUAUACCUCAAUUAAAAAAAAACAAACAGCCAGCCUUAGAGAAUGAGACUGUAAUUCACUAACUUUUAAAUUGUUGUCAUUGUCGUUACCUGAUGUGAUCUUUUUAUUUCCUGUGAAUAUAAUCUCCCCAAAGUCCAGUCUCAGGAGUCUUACAUUUUAGGUAGAAAAAAAUAUAAAAACCAAGCUGAAAAUUUUUCCAGAAAAUACUUCAAAAUAAUGUGUUGUUUUGUAUUCCUAAUUAUUCAUUUAUAGUUAAAUAUAUUAAAGCACAGGUUCAUUUCAAUGUCAGUAGCUAUAAAUCUAAAGAUACUUUUCUUCUAUUAGGUUGUUUACUAUGUCAUUGGCUGAUCUAACAGAAACAAAUCUAGAUGGACAUUUCCCCAGUGUGGCCUUAGAAAACGGCAGGAGGUCUGCAAAAUGCCAGAGCAGCAGCCCAGGUUUUCCCAGGAACAGCAACGAUUCCGAUAAGAGUGUUGACUACAGCAGAUCUCAGUGUUCCUGCAGAAGUUCAAGUUCUCACUACGAUUAUUCAGAAGACUUUCUCUCUGAAUGUUCAGAAACCGCGGCUAAAAAGAAUUACUUAGAGAAGCCUGUAGUAAAAGAAAAAAAGGAGAAGAAAAAGUAUAAUGUUUCUAAAAUCUCCCAACCUAAAGGCCAGAAGGAAAUCUCGGGGGAGAAAAAGCACAACUGGAAUGCACCAUUUUUAAAUUCUCAGAUCAGCGUGGCUGCCCAGAGACGAGAUGCCAUGGCUCACCGCAUACUCUCAGCGAGGCUUCAUAAGAUUAAAGAACUGAAAAAUGAAGUAGCUGAUCUACACCGCAAACUGGAGGCCACAGUCAUAGAAAACCAAUUUCUGAAACAACUCCAGCUUAAGCACCUGAAAGCUAUAGGAAAAUAUGAGAAUUCACAAAAUAAUCUACCUCAAAUUAUGGUUAAACAUCAGAACGAAGUAAAAAAUUUAAGGCAGCUACUCAGGAAAUCCCAGGAAAAGGAAAGAGCCGUGUCUGGGAAACUUAGAGAAACAGAUAGCGAGCUGUUGAAGACUAAAGACACCUUGCAGGCACUGCAGAAACUUUCUGAAGACAAAAAUCUUGCAGAGAGGGAUGAGCUUACUCAAAGAUUGUCUGUUCUUACAACAAAAAUGGAGGGAAAUGACAAACAAAUACAGAGCUUGGAGAAACAACUGAGGCUGAACAAUAAAACCUUUACUCAGCAGUUGGCCUUUGAGAACCGGAAGACCUCAGCAGCUCAAGCAGCUACAAAGACUCUGCAAAUGGAAGUAAAACACCUUCAACAAAAACUUAAGGAGAAGGGUCGAGAGCUGGAAAUUAGAAACAUCUAUACUAACCAGAUACUUAGAAAUUUACGUGACAAAGAAGAUUAUCCAAAAGUUUCUUCAACAAAGUCAGUACAAGCAGACAGGAAAAGUGUUUCAUUUACAAGUAUGCGACACCAGGAAACCCAAAAAUCGGAAGAUGUUCCAUCUUGGACAACUAAGGGUAAAAAGACAAGAGGAAACAUUGGUCAUAAAGAAAAAUCGAUUGAAAUAAUCCAUGCAAUUCCUCACUGUAUCAGUAAACUACCAAACCAAGAGGACUCCAAGAGAAAAUAUGAAGAUUUAUCAAAGGAAGAGGAACAUUUGGAAGCACAGCCAUCUCUGGAGAAUAUUGGACGACAGAGAGAGAGAACAGAAGAUCAAGAAAAGAAAACCACUUUAGUGAAAGAAGAACAGGAACUACCCCCAGAAAGAAUUCAAGUAAUCCAUCCCGAAGGGGAAAGUGGUCAGGAAGACGAUACAGUAAAUGAAAAGUCUAAAAGAAGUCCAGAAAUAAGUGAAAUGGGCGAAAUGCCAGCUAAAAAUGCUGCUCCAAAUAUCAAAAUACCCUUCAGACAAAGAAAGCAUUAUUCAUUCACAGAAGCGGUCGAAAACUUGCAUCAUGGGCUUCCUGCCUCAGGCGGGCUGGCCAAUGCAGGCAGCACGAGGUGCACUCAUAGCACAGGCAAGCACCACAGCCACGGGGAAGAACUGAGGCUGGAGCAUCCUACUGUCACCUAUGAACCCUCUUUUGGUAAAUCUUCCAGAACAAAAGCAAAAGACACAACUUUCAGAGAGAAGAAAAGCAGUCUAAUGGAAGAACUCUUUGGAUCAGGCUAUGUCUUAAAAAAUAACCAAACAAGCACUGCUGUUAUGAAGGGGCCUGAGGAGACUUUGCAGAGUAAGAUGAUGCAUCAUUUACCCCCUAGUCAGGCCUCCACCAGCAAUGCUUUCGGAGAUUCUAAAGUAACUGUGGUAAAUUCUAUUAAGUCAUCUUCACCUACAGAAGGAAAGAGAAAAAUAAUUAUUUAAAUACAUUCCAAUAUCCUAAUCCACUCUGGUUUGAUAUUCUGGUUUUAUGUGCCUUUAAUCUCGUAGUUUUAAUGUGUGUGUGUGUGUGUGUGUGUGUGUGUGUGUGUGUGUUUUCAGUAAAGUGACUUUGAAUAAUUAAGGUUUUGUUUUAUUGCUAAUCUAAUUU